AUCCGUCUCCGGAACCAAAAUCCAUAUGUUUUCGGUCUCAUCGGGCUCUAUCUGGGCGCCGAUUAAAAGAAUCUCUUAGAAGCUCCAAUCGGGCUGAAUGCAAGAUUCGUCGCGGCGACGCGAUAAAUGUUGCAUGCAUGUGUACUACAUUUUUUUCUCCCUCGCUUUCUUUCUGAUUGCAAUGAGUUCAGACAUACUUAGAAAUGCGUUUAACAUAUUUUCUUUUAUUUUUCACGUUUAAUUUCCUAAGCACAUUCUCUUAUACACACACAAAUACACCCUCUCCUCCCUCCUUGGUAUUUGUCGAAGGGUUUUUUCUCUUUGAAAAAUAAAAAAAACACGCACUCAAGAUGAUCCCGUGGGAUAGUGCGAAACGGCAAAGAAAAAUCACACGCACACACACACAUAUCGCAAUCCCCCCCUUCUCCCCAAGUAGCAAAGCCGAAGUUGUUGAGAGAUUGUGCUAUGGCCCUGUCCUCUCUCUCUAGAUUUUGGACGGCAGACCGCCGCCCGUGUAGAGGUGUGUGCGUGUGACGAUAAUUAUGGAUGAAAUACUGGGGAAGCGGAGUUAGAAGUCUUUCGUUCGUCACACACACAUGCAGUUAUCAGGGGAUUUCGCUGGACCGAGUCUACCCAUCUCUCUCGAUAUACCACGAUUUUUCUGCUGUCGCGCUCAUCCGGGUGUUAGGCAUCCUCAGUCUGUCCAAAACUUUCCCUGUGGAAGGAUGUACUGAAGUGAGGUGCGAUUUCUUGUGCGACAGACUUUAUUCGUCUACGUUUUGUGCUGUGUUCCUUCAUCUUCAGUUAUGGAUUGAUGUAUCCUAUAAAAUGAGAAAAUGAGGUUUCUUCAAUGUUUCAGGGUUACGAAACCAAUUUUUUCGUUUAUUUUGGAAAAAAUUGAACCUCAAUUAGAAUGUAUUAAAAGUAAUGGAGUGAGUGCAAAAAUUAAACUUGCUGCUUGUUUGAUUUUCUUCGGAGAGGGCAGAUAUCAGCACGGAACUGGACAAGACUUCCACGUAGCCAUGGCACAAACAACGUUUUCAAACACUUUGCGAGAUUUGAUACCACCUCUUAUCACACUAUUGGGCGAUUGGAUACAAUUUAAUAUGACAGAAUCUGAAAGAAUGGAGGCAAAACAAUAUUUCUUUGAAAGGUUGGGAAUAUCAGACGUGGUGAUGUGUGUAGAUGGGACCCACAUAAGGAUAGUAAAACCCAAAUAUCGCCCCCUUCGCUAUAUCAAUAGAAAAAAUUAUUACAGCCUCAAUGCUAUGAUUGUUUGUGAUCACAAAUAUCGCAUCAGAGCUGCGGACGCUAGAUUUGCAGGAUCUCAUCAUGACGCUUAUAUUUGGAGUAUUAGUCCCAUUCGCAAACAUUUUAGAGAUCUACAUAGUUCUGGAAUAACUGACAAGUUGUUGGGAGAUGCAGGGUAUCCUUCCGAACCAUGGCUUAUAACACCCAAUCGUAACCCAGAUUCAGGCACACAAGAAUCUAUUUUUAAUACAUUUCAUGCCAGAGGACGAAACAUCGUUGAGAGAACAAUAGGAAUACUGAAAUCCAAAUUUAGAUACCUGCUUGGAGCAGAUGGGCGUCUCAAUUAUUCGCCAAAAAAGUGCACAAAUAUUAUAAACAUAUGUUGUGCACUACACAACAUAUGUAUAGAAAACAAUAUUGGUUGGCAGCAGAAUCUUGAUGAAAUGUUUUUGUUUAGAAAUGAUUAAAUUAAAAACGAUAUAAUAAAAAAAACAUUAA